ACUGAAAUGGCCCCACUUCAAUUAUAAAAACAAAAUAAUAAUAAUAAUAAUAAUAUUAAUAACAACAAAAAACAAGUGCGCCGAUCAACGAAAACUUUGCAAUCGUGCAACAGAAGACCUCGCAACAUGCCGGAAGAGAAGGCAGCAAAUCUCGAGAAUGGCCAAACAACGGCAGCAUCCACGCCCAGUAAAACCAAACGUCAAAGGACACCAACACGUCGACGUCCGCCAAACGAGAGCGACGUCGUCGCUGGGGGCGUGGGCAUUACCGGCGGCGGUGUGGUCAUCCUGCCCCAGCAUGUGCUCAACGAACUCUAUCACAACUAUUCCAUUAAACAGCGACGCAGCGGCCUUAAGUGGUUCCUGUUUGCGGCCGUGCUCUUUAAUCUCUGGACGAUUUGCAUACCCUGGGAGCAGGCGUUUCUCACAAGAGUGGUCAACUGCAGCAUGCUGUUGGCCUAUUUGGCGCUGACGGCUCUGCUGCACAUUGGACGCCAGUCGGAGCAGCCAGCCCUGAGACGCUUCCAUCAUUCGCUGUUGACAAUUGUGCCGCGAGCCUUGUGGUUCCUCUCGAUGCUGCAUUUCGCCGCCUAUGUGAUGCUGCAGGCCAGCUUCUCGCCGCGAGAUGUUCUUGGCUGGGCGAUUCUCUUGAACUUCCUAAUAUAUGUGACAUUGCCAUUGCCGUUGAUUUUUUUGGGUCUGGUAAUUGGCUUUUGCACGUACUUCAAUUGCUUGAGUCUGCCCGUUGGCUUCUCACGUCCAGAUCCUUUAAUCUCAGAUCAGGCGGCGGCUAAUGCCGUUUUAAUAGCCACCGCAGCGUUAAUUGGCCUUUUAUAUUACUUCAUGGGCGAGGCGAAGCAGAAACGCGCCUUCCUGGAGGCCAAAAAGAGUCUGGAGGUGAAGAUGGUCAUUGAGGAGCAGUCGGCAGAGCAGGAACGUUUGCUGCUAUCCGUGCUGCCCAAGCAUGUAGCUAUCAAGAUGCGCGAAGACCUGGGCUCAUCUAGUUCAGAGGCCUUCAAAAAGAUCUACAUGAGUCGACAUGAGAAUGUGAGCAUACUGUAUGCGGAUAUUGUCGGCUUUACCGCCAUCUCCUCGACGUAUAGCGCCCAAGAUCUGGUAAAAAUGCUAAACGAGCUCUUCGCACGCUUCGAUAGGCUCGCCGAGAAGUACCAACAGCUGCGCAUUAAAAUUCUCGGUGAUUGUUAUUAUUGCAUUAGCGGAGCGCCCGACGAGCGGCCGGAUCAUGCCGUGCUCUGCGUUCACAUGGGACUUUCCAUGGUGAAGGCCAUCAAAUAUGUGCAGCAAAAGGCAAACUCACCUGUUGAUAUGCGUGUGGGCAUACACACGGGCGCUGUCCUGGCCGGGAUACUGGGCCAGCGUCAAUGGCAGUUUGACGUUUACUCCAAGGACGUUGAGCUGGCCAAUAAAAUGGAGUCCAGCGGCAAAGCCGGACGUGUACACAUUUCCGACAAAACAUUGGCCUUUCUCAAUGGCGAAUUCGAGGUGGAGCCGGCCUUUGGCGAGAAGCGGGAGGAGCUGCUGCGCAUAGCUGGCCUGAAGACAUAUUUUAUAACGAAAGUGGUUAAACCGUUCGCCUCGCCCUGCGGCAAGAAAAUCAACGAAUCGAAGCCUGAGAACACCAAUCACAGUCCCGACUCGAAUCCCAGCAGCAACAGCAGCAACGAGAGCAACGAAUGCGCUGGCGAUGACAACGAUGCCACAGUCGAUGACGAGGAGCUCUUAGCACAAAGUGUCGUCAUCAAUGGACACAAUCCCACAGCCGCCGAGGAUGAGGAGGAGCAAAUAAAGCUGGAGAAUUUCAAGCAACGUUUAAAAGAUGAGCUGGUCACACGCGACGGUCACGAAAAUCUCACCAAGGACACAAACAUCUUUUUGCGCUUCAAGAAUCCGCAACUGGAGCAAGCCUACGCCGUCUAUCGGGAGCCGUACAGCUCGCUGCCCUUGCUGGCCGCCCUGCUGGUGCAGUGCAUCGAUGUUUUGUACUCCUAUUUGGUGUUGCCGCGCUCAACGCUGCAUUUUAUAAACAUUGCUGCGCCGCUGGUGCCCAUCGCCAUGCUGGUGGCGAUUAGCAUUGCCGAAAGCUUUAGCGGCAUGCUGCCCAAGUUCUUCGUGGAUGUGAGCAAGCGUUUCAAUGACAUUACCUUCGUACGGGAGCUGGCGGCCAUAAUUAUAGCACUUACCAUUGGCCUCAGCAAUGUCAUCGACAUGUUUUUCUUUGUCACCUUCGUGCGCACCGAGCACAUUGUUAGCGAGAGUGAAUUCAAUGCCACGGGCGGCCUAGAGGAGGUGGCCACCGCCGAGCACCUGCUGCCUGAAUCGUUUGUGGAACAGAUGCGUGAAGCGGUGCCCACCGAGCGUGUCCUAUAUCCGUCCUAUUUGAGCAACUUCAGUGUCCUCAUACUAAUCGCCAUUGCUGUAAUUGCACAGCUCACGCACUUGACCAAAAUCCUGUUGCUCUUGUCCAUUGCAGCUCUGCAUUGCUAUUUCAAUGUGUGCAUUAUGCAGGAUUUGUACAUUCUGGAGGAUGAUCUGGCACACCAGCCUCUCAUAUCAACGCGUUAUUGUGCUUCAGGUCUGCUUCUUGUGGCGGCACUGUCACUCAGCUUUUUGGCAAGACAUAUGGACCACGAGGAUCGUGUUAUAUUCAAAUGGAAAACUGAGGUCGCCGAGCAGAAGGAAACCGCCAACGAUAUGCGUCAGCGCAACGAGGCUUUGGUCUAUAAUGUGCUGCCCGUGCAUGUGGCCGAGCAUUUCAUGAAGAACACAAAGCGCUCCCACGACGAUCUCUACUCGCAGAGCUAUGCCGAGGUGGGCGUGCUCUUCGCCAGCAUGCCAAACUUUUCAGAUUUUUAUUCGGAGGAAACCGUUAACAAUCAGGGCCUGGAAUGCUUGCGUUUUCUGAAUGAAGUCAUUUCCGAUUUCGAUGCGCUAUUGGAGCUACCACAGUUUCAGGACAUCAUUAAGAUAAAGACAAUUGGAUCAACUUAUAUGGCAGCCAGUGGCAUUAAUUUGCAGCGCAAUUUACGCACUGAUGCGCCCAUUACCGAGCGCUGGUCCCACUUGGCGGUUCUGGUGGAAUUCGCACUGGAGCUAAAGCACGCACUGCAGGGCAUCAAUGAGCAGUCAUUCAAUCAUUUCGUACUCAAAAUGGGCAUCAAUCAUGGACCGAUAACGGCGGGCGUGAUUGGCGCCCGGAAGCCACACUACGAUAUCUGGGGGAAUACGGUGAAUGUGGCCUCCAGAAUGGAGAGCACCGGUAAAGCGGGUGCCGUGCAGGUCACCGAGGAGACCUGUAACAUAUUGCAGCAGUUCGGAUAUACGUUUCAGCAGCGCGGACUGGUGGCUGUAAAGGGCAAGGGCCAGCUGAUGACCUACUAUUUGCAGGGCAAAACUGAGAGCAGCGCUGCGGAGGCAAAGGCAGCCGUUGAGCUGCAUGAGAAGGAGACGGUGGCCACGGCAGCUCCAGUGCCAGUUAGUUUGGAGUGCAGCGCCGAGCUAGAAGCAGACAUAAAGACACCACUGCUUAAGCUUAAGGCACAGGAUGCAGCAACGGAAGCCGCGGCAGAAUCAUGUUUGGGCAAUGGCAAUGUUGCGGAAUCUCAAUCCUUGUUGGAGUGAAUUGAGAAUGUAUUACAUUUGACAUAUUGAAAAUGUGUGUGUGUAUGUGUGUGUUAGAGUGUGUGAGUGUGCGUGUGCGUGUGCUUGUUUAAGCGUGAACAUAUAGUUAACUGUUAUACAACUGUUAUACUUGCUACAUUUGGUUUGCCUAUAUUCGUGUGAUAUUCUCUGCUACGUGAACAACUU